AGUUCUUUUUCCGUAAUUAAAACUUUUUUUGGCACCAACUUAACGAACAACUUUAAAAAAAUAGCAUCUUGAUAACCAUCUUGUUUAUUUUCCAAACCUACCGCCCCUUUGCACGGGUAACCGCAAGCAAACGGUAGGAACAAGUCUGAUUUGCCUGAGAAGAUCAAAACGCAAUACUGAUUUGCCUUGUUUUUUAGCAAUCCAAUAAAAAGGUACUUUGCCUGAGAACUCACUUAGGCCAAAUUGGUUACACUUGGGACGCCUAUUUUAACAAAUCUUUGACUUCCGCAAUGGAUUAAACUUGCCAUGCCGUAUCAUGUUGUCUCCGGCCAUUUUCCAUUUGUGGCAAAGCAUUGAUCAGGGGACAGAAGGUGUUUGAUCAGGGAACAGUAGGUGCAUGAAAAGCGAGUACAUCCAUUACUCAGUGCUCUAUUUAGUAUUUGGACUAAGAGCUGCAAUACCCUCUUUGUCUUGCGUGAGAAUCCCCUCUGAUUAUUUUGGUUUGGCACAAUGCUCAACCGUAUUGGUAGACGUGGAUGUUUUUCUGCUGAACUGAAUACAUCAAUUGCAUUCUUAUUCAUAGAUUCUUCAGCAAUCUUGCAAUGGCACCGAUCAAUGACCACCAGUAAAAGAGUCCAAGACAGAAGCAAGAAGAAGCGGGUGCAUGACCUUGAAAUAGCCACAGAAAAGCACAAGAUCCUUUCCAAAGUCCUAUUAAUAUUUGAAGUCCUCAAACAGGAGCCUCAACAAAUCAUAUCAAUUAGGGAACUUGAUCAGUAUAGGAGGCAAAUAAACCUUCCAAAGCCCCAUAAAAUCUCGGCUUUUCUACGGAAGUCCCCCAAGCUUUUUGAACUGUACAAGGAUCAUAGAGGGAUUUUAUGGUGUGGUAUGACAAAGGAGGCUGAAGGUUUAGUCCGAGAAGAGGAAGCUAUUAUUGAGCAGCAGAGUGAUAAAGCUGCAGAGCUUGUAACUAGGAUGCUGAUGAUGUCCGUGGACAAGCGCCUUGCCUUAGAUAAGAUUGUUCAUUUCAGAAGAGAUUUGGGGUUGCCAAUGGAUUUUAGGAACCAUUGGGUGCACAGAUUUCCUGAUUACUUUAGAGUUGUUCAUCCAUUUAAACCUUAUGAUGAAAGUGAGUAUUUAGAGCUUGUGAAUUGGAGAUCGAGUUGGGCUAUGACAGAGUUAGAAAGGAAGGCGCUUGGUGGUAUGCAGGCCCCAGAUGAUCACGUAGCUGGUCUUCUUUCCUUGUCUUUCCCAAUGAAAUUCCCACCUGAUUAUAAACAAAUUUUGUCUAGAUAUAAAGGGAAGAUAGAGAAUUUUCAGAAGCGGGAAUACUUGUCGCCUUAUGCAGAUGCCAGGGAACUAAAGGCUGGCACACUGGAGUUCAAUAAGAGGGCGGUUGCAGUGAUGCAUGAGCUGCUGAGCUUCACUAUUGAAAAGAGGUUGGUGACAGAUUAUUUGACACAUUUUAGGAGGGAGUUCGUAAUGCCUCAGAAGCUGAUGAGGCUGUUGCUUAAACAUUUUGGAAUCUUUUAUGUUUCAGAGAGGGGUAAGAGAUUUCAUGUAUUUCUUAAUAGUGCUUAUGAAGGUUCUGAGUUGAUCGAGAAGCACCCUUUGACUGUUUGGAGGGAAAAGGUUCUAAGUUUUGUUGGAUACAGAAAGAAGAAGGAAACAAUGGAUACUCUUAAAGAUUUGCAGGAAUUCGUGGAUGAUGAUUUGCUUGAGAAUGAGUCAGAAGAUGAAAGUGUUCAAGUGGAAAAUAACGAGCAUAAUAUGGGUAGUUUGGAGGGAGAUCUUCUGGAAGAUGAAUCCGAGAUGGAGAUUGAUGAAGUUUAUAGUGCAUACAGGGAAUGAGAAGUUAGAAGUGCAUACUAGCAUGAAGAAUCUUAAGGUCUUCAAGAUGUUUUCAUCAAGAACAUGAUGAAGGUGAAUGAUGUGAAGCUAUAAAAAUGGACUCGUAUGGAAUUGCUGCUCCAGGAGAACAAGAAAGCUGUUCGAUAUAUCUUUGACAAGAUGACAAUAGACACAUGACCUUAGAACAGUGCUGAAUGAAAGAUGGGGCAUGGUGGAGUCACGGCAGGUGAAGUUUAAAUGUUUAAGGUCAAAAAGAUUUGUUAUUUUGUUUAUAGUAGUGAAGAUGGUAAAUAUGAUUCCGACUAAAGGAAUAAUUUAAUCACUGUCGGCGAUGAUAUGGUUAAAGAUCAAGGAAUUUAUUGGGCAAAAUCUGCAAUUUCAGUUGUAGGGGUGCAAUCAACCAUGCAAAUAUCCAAAUAUUUAGUGCAAAUCCUAUUGCCACUAUGUUAAGUUUCUGUCAAUAUGGACAUUGAGAAUUGGAACAGAGAGGGGACUAUUUGCACAAAUAGGGACUCAAGAGCAUGUGUAUAAUGAGACAGUUAAUAAAGUUGUAGACAUGCGAGCCACUGUUAAGUUCCUAAUAUAGAUAGUCAAGGUGCACAUAUAUGAAAAGGGAGGAUAGGAGGUUAGUAACUAACUAAGAUAUGGUGAUUCCUUUUCUUAGAAUAUUUAUCUAUUAUAUGCAUGUUUGUAAAAAGAGAGGGCUUUUUUCCUCUAUUCUAUUCCUACCGAUUGUAGGUUGAUAAAAUAUACAAGUAUUAAAGAAAGCUACUCAAGUAAGCACAUUGAAGCAUUUGAAAGGAAAUAACUAGGCUCUCAUAGAUUAAUUACAAAAGAAUUAGAAAAAAGGAUGUUAAUAUAGGCUAUCUUCUGUUUAAACUAAGAUGUUGGAAAAACCAAUAAGCUUGAGAGGCACUUUCUUGUUUGAAUGUAGCACUUGAGCUGCUCCUAGCUGGGCUACCAUCAGCACACUCUUCUCCUCUUUCUAACUUGGCUGAAGUAGAAAAAUUUAUCUCCUUUUCUUUAUGCAUAUGGCUUUUUUUUGAUAACCGUGGUGUCCGGGCCAGCUUGCGCGCACCUCGACUAAUUCCACGGAAUACCUGCCACCUCC